AUGGCUUUCAUGCGCGUGGAUCUCCUCGCCUCGGCGUUCGUGCUCGCCUCGGCGGCGAAGGACCCCAAGGUCACCAACAGGGUCUUCUUUGACAUCGAGAUCGAUGGCGAGCCGUCGGGCCGCAUCGUGAUGGGCCUCUAUGGCAAAACCGUGCCGAAGACGGUGGAGAACUUCCGCGCGCUGUGCACGGGCGAGAAGGGCACGGGCGAGAGCAGCAAGCCGCUUCACUACAAGGGUUCGGUCUUCCACCGCGUCAUCCCGCAAUUCAUGCUGCAGGGCGUCCAUCUACGGCGGAAGUUCCCCGACGAGAACUUCAAGCUCAAGCACACCGGCCUUUCGAUGCACGAUGGCCAACGCCGGCCCGGACACCAACGGCAGCCACAGUUCUUCAUCACCACCGUCGCGACUCGGUGGCUCGACGGCAGGCACGUCGUCUUCGGCAAGGUGAUCGAGGGCAUGGACAUCGUCAAGGCCGUCGAGGCUGUGGACACCGUGGAAGGCAACUGCCUCGACGGCGCAUCCGACAAAGUUAAAUUGUUCCGAGGCCGCUACAAGCAUGAGCCCGCCCUGCUUGCCAGCGGUGUUUUCAAGUUGGAGCAGAUCAUGUCUCUCUACACCAUCCCGCACGGCCCCGAAAUGGAAGCAGACGCCGAAAAGUACGCCAACGAGGCCUACUUCACCAUCGGCAUGCCUCUCAGCGAAUGUCUUUUGUAUUGCCGAUAA